AUGAGCGGUGGUUCAAUUCAUUCUCCACAAUACAUUUACCAUCUUCAUAAAACCCAAGGUGUUGGAAGGACAGCUGGUGGCGAGAGAGAUGAUACCCUUGUCAGGAGGCUACUUAUAGAAGUCUGGGCAACAGAUGAUGGUAGCAAUGGAUAUGGAAAGGAGUGUGUUGACCCAAGAGAUGUUCAGGAGAAAGAGUUAUCUGGACUUGACGACGACAUUUUUGAAAGCCAAGAUACGUUGAAGGAGAAAGGCAUUUUCUCAAAUCUAAAACUCACUGUUCACAUAUCAAGGGUAAAGUUUGGAGUUCUGAGCAUAAAACUCUACCAAGCUAUCAGGAAAGCUAGGGCCUGUCACAGCUUUGAUUCCAAACAUAAAAGAUGCCAACUCAGCAGAGGUCCACGUAUCUGGGAGAAGACUGUGAAGGUGAAGCUGGUCAGUGAGCAAGGAAGAGCUGAAGAAGAUGAUUUUGACGGUUUUACUCCUCAGAAGAAAAAAACGACUACCAGUCUAUACCUUGACCUCAACUCAAUAACCAUCUCCACACUGAUUUUAACAGGAAAUAGCACCCAAUGUGUUAUGUCCCCAUCUUCGGAGUUUCCUGAAGGGUUUUUCACAAAACAGGAGCGUGCAGAUGGAGGCAUCAUAAUCUACUUCCUAAUUAUCCUUUACAUGUUCAUGGCCAUGUCUAUUGUCUGUGAUGAGUACUUCCUACCCUCCUUGGAAAUCAUCAGUGAAUCCUUUGGAUUGUCCCAGAAUGUUGCAGGUGCAACUUUUAUGGCAGCCGGUAGUUCAGCUCCUGAAUUGGUUACUGCUUUCCUAGGUGUAUUUAUCACAGAGGGCGAUAUUGGCAUCAGCACCAUUCUUGGAUCUGCAAUUUAUAAUCUCCUUGGCAUCUGUGCAGCCUGUGGCUUACUAUCUAACGUGGUUUCAACGCUAUCAUGUUGGCCCCUAUUCAGAGACUGUGCAGCAUACAUGAUUAGUGUAGCAGCAGUUCUUGCCAUAAUAUUUGACAACCAAGUUUACUGGUAUGAAGGAACUUCACUGCUUCUGAUAUACGGAUUGUAUGUUUUGGUGCUGUGUUUUGACAUUAAAAUUAACCAAUAUAUUAUAAAGAAAUGCAGUCCUUGCUGCACCUGCCUUGCCAAAGCAAUGGAAGAGAGAAGUGAACAACAGCCACUGAUGGGAUGGGAAGAUGAGGAUCAACCAUUCAUUCGUAGGCAAUCAAGAACUGACAGUGGAGUAUUUCAUGAAGAUUCUGGCUACUCCCAGCUUUCCAUAAGUUUACAUGGUCUUAGUCAGGUUUCUGAAGAUCCACCAAGUGUUUUCAACAUGCCUGAAGCAGACUUGAAAAGAAUUUUUUGGGUACUAUCCCUUCCCAUUAUUAUACUACUUUUUCUAACCACACCAGAUUGUAGAAGAAAGUUUUGGAAAAAUUACUUUGUGAUAACCUUUUUCAUGUCAGCACUGUGGAUAUCUGCAUUUACAUAUAUCCUGGUUUGGAUGGUCACAAUAACUGGGGAAACAUUAGAAAUUCCAGAUACAGUAAUGGGCCUUACUUUAUUAGCAGCAGGAACAAGCAUACCAGACACGAUUGCAAGUGUGUUGGUUGCAAGAAAAGGCAAAGGAGAUAUGGCUAUGUCUAACAUCGUGGGAUCCAAUGUGUUCGAUAUGUUGUGCCUAGGAGUUCCAUGGUUUAUUAAAACUGCAUUUAUAAAUGCAUCUGCUCCUGUAGAAGUGAACAGUAGAGGACUAACUUACAUAACCAUCUUUCUCAACAUUUCAAUUAUUUUUCUUCUCUUAGCAGUUCACCUUAAUGGCUGGAAACUAGACAGAAAGUUGGGACUAGUCUGCCUAUUAUUAUACUUGGGGCUUGCAACAUUAUCAGUUCUGUAUGAACUUGGAAUUAUUGGAAAUAAUAAAAUAAGGGGCUGUGGUGGUUAAUGUUAUGUGGAAAAUGUGAAUGAUGGGGAAGGGCAGAGAAGGAAAACUCCAUUUCUCCAUUUAAGUCAAAUAAAAAAUAUUCUGAACUUUAGAAUCUAAAACUUACUUACAGUAAUUCUUUAUCACCAAGAAAAAUUUAAAACCAACCAA